AUAGGUGGUAUCGGGAAUGGACUAAGGUGUCGGUGAAACCCAGUUUAACCAGUGUGAGAGAGGACGCGAGUUGGCGCGGCGUGUGCUGCGAACCAGCGAGAACCAGAUCAGAAUGGACACCACUAUUAUCGCCUUUCUGGCUGCGUGCAGUUUCCUUCAGCAAGUUUUCACACUGUCCUGCUACGAAUGCAACAGCCUUGAUAAUGAGCUGUGUCAGCAGCGCCCGCCCGACUCAGUUAGCAGGGUGUGCCCCCAAGACAACCCUGUGUGCAGGGUCAUAUACCUGGAGGUCAACACCAUCUUUCAAGGCAGGACGCCUCACAGCAGGGUCGUCAGGACCUGUGGGGAUAUGGAUGGUAAAGACGAAUCGAGACCCUGUUACCGAAUAUCAGACUACGGCACCCACCAAAAGGUGUGUUCCUGUGCGGAAGACCACUGCAACUCCUCACCAGCACCUGCUUCCACAUUACAAUUCAUAGGCACGGCGUUACUACUAGCUAUGUUACUUUAG